AUGGCUGAGGCCAUCACCUAUGCAGACCUGCGGUUCGUGAAGGCUCCCCUGAAGAAGAGCAUCUCCAGCCGGUUAGGACAGGACCCAGGGACUGAUGAGGAUGAGGAGCUUACCUAUGAGAAUGUACAAGUGUCCUCAGUCUCAGGUGGGCCCUUGAGUUUGGCUUCUUCUGGAGUAGGAGACAAAGCAGGGCUCCAGGCCGAGCAGCCAACUGCGUCCUGGGGCUCCGUGACGUCACCGGCUGCCGGGCGGCUCCUCGCGGGCCGUGCAGCCUGUAUGCAGUACCUCUUUCUUGGCCUGCUCCUCACCUGCCUGCUGUUGGGGGUGGCCGCCAUCUGCCUGGGAGUGCGCUAUCUGCAGGUUUCUCAGCAGCUCCAGCAGACCAACAGGGUUCUGGAAACCACUAACAGCAGCCUAAGGCAGCAGCUCCACCUGAAGAUAACCCAGCUGGGGAAGAGGGAAGAGGAUCUGCAGGGGUCCAGGAGGGAACUAGCCCAGAGUCAGGAAGCACUACAGGAGGAACAGAGGGUUUGCCAGGCUACCCAAGAGCAGUUACAGGCCUGCCAGUCUGAGAGGGAGAAGACAAAGGAGGACUUGCAAAGUGAGGAGGAGCAAAGGAAGACCUUGGAGCAGAGGCUGAGCAGCUUUCGGGACACACUGAAGCUCUUAUUCAGAUGCCCCUUAUCAGACAACUGCUGUCCCAUGGGAUGGAUACUGAAUGAGAAGAGUUGCUUUUACAUCUCAUAUACGGAGAGAAGUUGGGAGGAGAGCCGAAAUCACUGUAAAUCCCUGUCCUCUGACCUGGCCGAAUUCGGUGAAAGUUCUGUUUAUUCUCAUACGAUUGCAUACAGCAACAGAGCGAGGAAGAUGUUGACACAAAUUAGUCCGCCUGGUUCAUUUUGGGUUGUUCACAGCUUUGUUAAGAAGUGGCAGCAGGGUGACAAUAAAAGAGGCUCUGGGUAUUAUGGUCAAGUCUCUAGAUGUUACAAGGUACAAAGUAGUUGGCUAAAAAUACAGUCAGAGAUCUGUACUUCUCUUCUUCCCUGCAUCUGUGAGAUGGCAGCUUUCAAGCAUCCGGAUGAGGACCACAUUUUGACCUGAGUUGGGUACUUAUGCCAACAAGAGCCUGUGGCCCUCACCUGACUGCCAUCUGCACACCCUAAGAUCAUCUCCCUCCAGCAUGCCCCCACUCUGCCUAGACAGUGCCAAGGGCUGAUCCAUGCCCAACAUUCCUAGCUAGCCUGCUGUCUGCUUGAAAUCCCAUC